ACCUAGGUCUAUGCGCCGGUAAAUGUCGACGAAGACGCGCCAAUCGGUGCUUGACAUGCCGACGUCCGAACCCAACAUCAUCCUAUUCUCCUUCCAGCAGAGCUCUCUGGGGCGACACGACCUGCGGAACAAGGCCGGCGACGCGGAAAUAGGCCCGGACCAGCCACAAGAUUGGCACGAGGGGCCUCGCCGUGGAGAUUCACUCGGCACCAAAACAUCGGUACAGCGGACACGACGCGCAGGGCCCCUCCACGCUCAAGGCGACGAUCCCCGAGGCAUGGUGAGCUGCAACAACUACCUGACCAACACGGAGACACCCGAGCUGCACGAGCGCUUCCUCGGGCCGCGCUGGUACAGCUCCGACGUCGCCAGUCCCCAGGUCUAG